AUGUCCGACUAUUCAUUCCUCGUGAACUGCUUGGUCUCACCAAAAAUUUCCGGUCGCAUUCCAACGGUGAAGAAAAAUUGGGAACUGCCACAAGGUCUGAAACUGGCUGAUCCGUCUUUCCAUGAACCCAGCCAAAUUGACUUGCUCAUUGGCAUGGACUGGUUCUACGAUAUCAUGAAACCAGGGUUCUUGAAACUAAACGAUGACCUAUCUAGCCUUCAUGACUCCCAACUGGGAUGGUUAGUGGGUGGUAAGCUGCAUGAGAGGUCCUAUUCUGACCUUGCGAUGAACUCCUACGCUGUUAGCGUCGAUCCAAUGGAAGAGCUUAUGCAAAAAUUAUGGGGAGUGGAAAGUGUUUCACCAGAGAUGGUUCCUUCGAGCGAGAAGGAGCAGUACGAAGCCCAGUUCACUGCAACGUAUCGUCGAGAUGACAGUGGUCGAUUUAUCCUCCAUCUACCGUUGAAGGACAACGCUCCCCAGUUGGCAGAUUCUCGUUUUAUGACCUUGCGGAGAUUUUACAUGUUGGAAUCGAAGCUACAACGUAACCUAGAUUUGAAAGUCCAGUACGACGCCUUCUUGGAUGAGUAUGAGGCUCUUGGGCAUUGCCACGAGAUCAACGAGCAUGAUGACCCCCCUGGAUUAUUGAAGUUUUAUCUUCCUCAUCAUACUGUUUUACGUCCCUCGAAAACGACUACCAAAUGUCGAGUUGUGUUCAACGCAUCGGCCAAGGUGUUUGGAUUAUCACUCAACGACGUGAUGAUGAUCGGUGCCACAGUUCAUAGCGAUUUGCUGUCCAUAAUUCUUCGCUUUCGAAAGUUUCGAUACGUUUUGAGUGCAGACGUAUCAAAAAUGUAUCGUCAGAUGCUGAUCGACCCCACCUUCACUCCAUUACAGCGAAUUUUCUGGCGGAAGUCCCCUCAAGAUCCUCUGCGAAUCCUCGAGUUAUCAACAUAUGGUGACAUAUGCGAUGAUCGUGGAAAGGAAUUUCUACAUCGAUGA